AUGAGCUUCCAGGAUCUGCAGAGUGGCGGCAAGCCGUCGUCAGCGGGUGUGGGUGUUCGAUCGCAGAGCCCAUCGCAGGCCGUGGCGGCCGGCAUUUUCCAGAUCAAUACUGCCGUCGCUGCUUUUCGUCGACUCGUCGAUGCCAUCGGAACCGCUAAGGACACUCCCGACCACCGCCAGAAGCUCCAUAACACGAGGCAGCGGAUAUUGCAAUUGGUCAAAGAUACUUCUGCCAAGCUCAAGACCCUGGGCGAUUCCGAUCGGGACAUCUCUGUCAAUCCCAGUAAGAAGUUAGAAGAUGCCAAGAUUGCCAGAGAUUUUCAAACUACGCUGCAAGAAUUCCAGAAAGUUCAACAGCUUGCCUUCGAGCGCGAGUCUACUUACUCCCCUGCUGCUGCUCCUCCAUCUUCUUCUUUGUCGACAGCCUCUACCUCCGGCGAAGGAUUGGCACUCACCGGCGAUCAGGACAACCAACCUUUUCUCUGGGAACAGAAGAGGCAGGAGUUGCUUCUAUUGGAUAAUGAACUUUCCUUCAAUGAAGCCAUGAUUGAGGAAAGGGAGCAGGGUAUUAGAGAAGUACAAGAGCAAAUUGGACAAGCAAAUGAAAUAUUCAAGGACCUUGCUGUUCUUGUUCAUGAGCAGGGAGUGGUUAUUGAUGACAUUCAAUCCAACGUCGGUGGUUCCGCUGCUGCAACAACUCAAGCUCGAGUUCAGCUAGCUAAGGCUUCCAAAAGUGCAAAAUCCAAGUCCUCAUGGUGUUGGUGGGUGAUUGUAAUAGUUGUGAUAGCGCUGGUCAUCUUUCUGCUCGUCCUUAUCCUGUAG